UAAUUUGGAACUGUCGUGUUGUAAAAAAACGAAAAAAAUGAGAAAGGCAUAUGUAGCUGACGUGUAAGUUGAUUAUUUGGAGAAAACAAGGUGUACUUGAGACAUGGCAAUUGUACAAAGGUAGAAUUUGUGCUGCUAGAGAUAUCCAGUAACUCAUUUUAAGACAUCUUCACAAUGGAGGAUCUCUUAACACAGCUGAUGAAAGAUGCCUCGUCUCAGAAGCAUGCAGGAAUCAGGAAAGCAUCACAGACAGCUCUGGACUUAUUGGAGAAUCCCACUUUGAUAACACAGACUCCUGCAUACAUCUUAAGAGAAAAGUGCUUAGAACCAUUACAACUGGCGUUAGAAUCUAAAACAAAGAAGUUAGCAACAUAUGCAAUUGGAGGAAUACAGCAAAUACUGAAGGAUGAGAAAUUCCAGUCGAGUAUGGAGAGUGACAAGGAGGAACACUGGAUGCCCAUCCAGAUCCUCAACACAGUAUUCAGCACACCCUCCCUACCCGAGGACACCCAGGUGGAGAUUAUGAAGUUGCUACUAAAGAUGACAUUUUCCACGGCUUGGUGUAUGAAUGCAGGAGUUAUCACUAAAGUGUCCCAGACCAAGGAGAGAAAUGAUGUGCUUGCUGACUUCAUGGCCAAAGACACACCAAGCUAUGAAAGUCUGUUUAAAGAUGUGGUUGCCAUACUCAAGUUCUUCACAGCUAAACUGGAACAGGCACCCAGUUCCAAUCAGACUCGCCAGUCUAUACCACUCCUCCUGGAGGGGGUCUAUACUGUCAUCUCCAACUCACCAGUCUCCAUCAGGGAAUACAAACCUUUCCAGGAAGUCCUCUGGAAGUUCCUGUGUCCAUGCCUGAUAUCACUACUGGGCACUCCCAAGUCAGAGAGGAGUGCCGUCAUUCCCAAAUCUCUGGAGGAUUUAGGGAGAGGCUCUGGUUGUUCCCUAACUGCCCCAAACCUCCAGGUGUCCACUGCCAAGACCAUUUAUAGUAUUGCAGUUCGUCUAGUGGACCUGAUGGGCCCUGUGACAUCACUGCGACCAGUGCUGGAGUCCUUGUUCCACCGAAUGUUACUGUACCCACCCCCUCAGCACAGGCUGGAUGCACUUAAGGCUGUCAAGGAGUUGCUGAAGACUCCAGAAGGCCUGUACAAGUUAGCGUGUCCAUUGUUUGAUCAGGAAUCGCAGGACGGUGACCUGAAAUCUGGGACAAAGAACCCAAACUCUGAUAUUGCCUUACUCAAGUUAAUUGUGGAUGCACUACAGGAGAGCUGUCACUGUAAUGACUCAGCAGUGUGUAUCACCAGUGUCACCUGUGUAGAUGUCAUGCUUGGCGCCCUAGAACAGGUGUGUAAGGGAGUGGGCAUGACGGACAAAGUCUGCAAGUCUAUCACCAAAUACCACACUGCUCUGGAAAGAGAAUUUUCUAGGUCAGACAGUUUGACGAUGUCAGAGACAGAUGCUCGAGAGUACAGUUACCGAGGCAGUGUUUCAGAGCCUCGUGUUGAGGCGAGUGACAGUGAAGAUACAGAUACUGAUGUGGAGGACAUGAAUGCUCCUAAUCAUACAGAGGGCAGUACUGAUGUGUUCGUCACAGACCAUAACAACUCCAACCCUACACUGUUACACCAGCGUAGCACUCGCCCAAACAGAAAGGAAAGCCAAAGUCUGAUCAAAGAUGAAAUCCAGCGUCGUUACAAAACACUGGGUAGUGAGUAUGAGAUGGUGGAGCGACAGAACGCCCGACUAUUCAUUGCCGAGCUUAGUCGGACACUCCCCCACAUUGCCAGAAUGUAUACAGUGUGUGAAGUGGAUGAAGCUCUCCAGAACUUUUCUUCUAACUUCUGUUCAGCCUUGUAUGACCAGCAGUACAAGUCAUCCGAGGAAAAUUCUUCAUCAUGUCAGAUGGCCAUACUGAAUGCUGAUGGUGUGUACGUCGCUACCAUUACUGCUCUUCUCCUCAACCUCAAACUGGAAGUCGAUGGUGCCUACAGCACAGCAGACAGUAUGAGCUGUCCUCUGUCGGAGAAGCAGUAUGUGGAUGAGGUCCUGGGUACUGGUCUGUUGCUGUUCCUGUCCCCGGCCUGGCUUAGUGAGGUAUACAGACAAAUUACUGCCACCAGCAUACUACAGGCUGCAGGCUGUCACAGCGACAGUGACUCCCCCCUCUUACAGAUCCUUAAAGAUGUGGAUGGGCUUGGGAGCAAUGGUCGGGGUGGUCAGCUUCUGAGUGGCAUGUGUAAUAGUGAAGAAGUAUUGGACUCUGACCAGGAGCCUCCCGACAACCAGCUCUACGCAGACAUGGGUAAGAAGUUCUCCAAGCGUGUACUGUCCCGUUGUUGGGACGGGGUUCUAGAUGUUCUUUCUGUCCUUCUAAAUGGGAAGAGUUCCUGUGGGAUCACCAGUAGCCUUGGACUGAUGUUGGGAACAGAAGGAGCCAAGGAGGAGAGUCUGCGUGCCCGUGAGGCCAUCUGUAUGAGUCUGGAUGGACUACAGAAAGCUGCUCGGCUGUGCUGUGCUUUAGGUCUGCAGCAGCGCUGUGGCAGAGUGUUCUCCCAGCUGGCCAGCACCUCCUGUGUACUGAUUGACACUCAGAGGUCACCCAGUGCUGACCCAAAGUCGUCCACCAAGCCGGUGAUGUCCAGUAAAAUCAAGCCUGUACGACUGCAUGCCUCUCACAUCCUCAGUAUGGACGUAGUAAUGACUAAUGGACUGGAGAUGGGCAGUCACUCCGCAGACUGCUGGAGACAUGUCUUCAGGUGUUCUGCAUUUAUAUCCAAGUUGGAGCACACCUACUUCAGCAGUGGAAACAACCAGUUCAGUCUACCCAAGGUCCAGCAGGAACAGUCUGUCGGACCAGACAAUCAUGACGAAUGUGACAUGCCAAUCUACACCAUUCCUGUGGUUGCUCCAGUGCCAGUAGCCCCCCGUAUCAACAUUCCAGACCUUAUUCGACAAAGCAGUAAAGAGUCAGGCUGGGAACGCUCAUUGACAGGAGGAGGAGUGCUCAAUGCUGCUCAGGCCUCCCAGGCACUAUGUUGUCUGUCACAGGAAGUGGACAGGUUGUUCGAAGAUGCUGCUCAGAAGCUCAACUUUUGUGCAAUAGUAAACUUCCUGUCAGAACUCUGUGAAGCAAGUCAGUAUCAGCUCAACAAAAUGGUCAAGCUUUUGGAUGAUAAUGACUCCCUGUCUGACUCACAUCAGCUUCCAAUGAAUGCUUUACACUUAUACAGACUACAGGAGGUGCUGAUGAAGAUCGUCCACAGUGACCGUCCCCUGAUCCACCUGAUGCGGACAUGGAGCACAGUGUCUACACACCUGGUAGAGGCUGCUGGUCACCAUGACAGAAGUGUGUCGAAGAUGGCUGUGACUUGUGUUCAUGACUUUAUCCUGGCAAUGCUGGGUGACCGGCCAGAGCUGGCCCACUUCCAUGUGAAUGAGCUGCUGUGUAAGACAUUUGAGAACAUGCUGUGUCUGGAGUUGUGUGAUGGCGAUGUGCAGGACCAGAUUGUAUGCUCCAUCUGUGAGCUGGUGGAAGCCUGCACAGCGGACAUAAGGUCUGGUUGGCGGCCACUGUUUGGCGCUCUGAGGGCCGUGAAGAUUGAGUAUACCACCAAUGAGGAAAUCAAUGAAGCCAGACAGCGACAUGUUGCAGCUGUCCUCGACGUGUUUGAGGUGUACCUGGGUACUGACAACAUCUUAGUGUUCGCCAAUGCCACGGUCGACUGCAUCCUUUGUUUACUCAAGUAUAUACGAGGACCAGGAGAGUUUGAGGAAGGUAGUGAUGACGACUCGGACUCGGGAAGUGACUGUGGUAUGGUAUCAACAGACAAUGAGAACCUGUGUAUCCCUGCUCUCCGCUACCUGAAGCGCUGCUGUGAAAUACUGCAAACCAUGUGGAAGAUGCCAGCUUGUCCAGUUUUCAAUGGGGCAUUCAGAAUCCAUACGGAUUCAUCACAACAGACAGUGGACCCAGUCCUACCUCACAUGGACAUGGAGGAGUUCACCCAGCAUUUCAACACUCCAACCCAAACAACCAUCCCUGAUGGGGACACCAGACCCAAGGUUGUUGGGGAACAGACAGGGACAUCCGUCCUGUCCUCACAGAGAUCCCUGGAGGAUGAGGAGCGGACAUACGACAGUGGUAGCAUUACAUCAAAUGACUCUGGGAUAACUGUAGUUCCUGGUGAAAAGUUAGUUAAUUCUGGGUCAAACCAGACCAAGCUCACUGCUGUAGAAAGGACAGACAAUUCAGUGACAAAGACAACAUCAGUGUCCGAUCAUGCGGAGGACACACUGGAGUCCAUGGACAACCAGUCUGGCAUUCUCCAUGUGUGGUUCUUGGUAGUCGAUGGUCUAGCUGGAUCUGUGUCUUCCUGUCCGAAGAUCUACCAGUCUGACACGCUGGAAAUGCUUUUUUCCAUCCUUAAAUCUGCUGCCAAUAUUCCUGGUCCAACAUUUGCCCUCUACUGUGUGAACCGGCUGUUGCUGCCGAUGCUGCAGGCCUGGCUACGUGCAGGGGUGAGGAAGUAUGGCUACUGGGAAGCUGGCGCCACUAACUUCAAGCAAUGCUGUGGACUCUGUACUGAUCUCAUCGUUGACUUCACACAGCAGUUUGCAGAUUGUAAAGGGAAGACUGGAAGCCUAGUUGAGGUGAUGCUGAAACAACUUCUGGACAUAAUGAUAGAGUGUAUAGCCCAGCCCAUAGAGCUUAUUUCUAGACUCGGCUGUUCUUGUAUCAGACACAUGUUACUUAGUGCAGGCGAGUCUUUCACUGAAAACAUGUGGCAGAUCAGUGCCUCGGCCAUGCAGAGGGCACUGGAUGUCACUACCUUUCAUCUCCGCCAGCUCAUGAUUCUGUUUGAGGUCAACUCUGAAAACUUCUAUGGGGACAAAGGUCAAGUAAAGGUGGCCAUGAGGAGAGACAGUUCAUCUGCUGAGUGUAAACGGCUGCAGCACCUGGCACAUCAGGUGUUCCUGCUGGACAGCCAGGUAUCGGGAGACACUGCCCUGAUCAGCGAGGUGGAUGAGGACAAGUCGUUUGUGUUCCUUCUCUACCCUCCAGGUCAGGAGAAUAGCCUCAACCCUGACGACAUAGUAGCCAGGAUAUCAUUCCGUGGUGUGGUCGUUGGACUCCUGUCUCACCAGCUGCUGUUACAGACUGUAGGCAGUGUACUGCUGAACCCCGCCCACCACCCUCAGGCCAAUCCCUCUAAACCAACGGAUCACAAGGGAGAGAAGACCAUGGAUGAUGCGACCUCCAAACUAGGUAUGGUUCCAAUCAUGUCAACUCGUAAUAUCUUGACGUUAUUGAAAUGUCUUUGGUGCUCUAACAAACUAGCAGGAGAAUUUGAUUCCCGUCCGGGUUUGAAGUUUCUCAUCCAGAAAGUGGCACGAACUGAGGUCGCUGUGAAUCUAUACAAACAAGCCGGUGCGAGCAUGAUUUUCUACAUGAAUACAUUACUUCAAAUCUGUACUUGUUUUAACGAUCUGUCACGACCAGAAACACGGACUUGCUUGGCCAGUCCUAAUGUGGACAAACUGGACAUUGGUCAGGCACUGAGUUCACACGUAUCAGACAUGAGUGGUAUGAGUAGUAAUAAGGUGCUGUUUAUACAGCUACUGUGGGGCGUGUGUAACGACUUGUGUCAGAUGUACGUAGACAUGUUGUCAGACGAGUACCUAGAGAAGGCUGACCAGAUGGCAGAACGCGAGCUGUUCUUCUUGAUAGCCCAGCCUGACAACAUCACAGAUAUUGUACACUGCAAGGACAGGCACAAGCAAGGGCAUGAUACCGAAGCUGUCAUUCAGCUCCAGGGUGUCAUGGCAACGGAAGCAGUUGCUCUCCAAGAAGAACCAUUAAACGAAGGAUUUGAGGAUGUCCUAGGUCUAACAGAGGAAACAUGUGAAUCUCAAGAACAGGAAAUAAAAGGCGUGAUGGGUAAAAGUAAGCGAGAGUUGAGGGAGGAACAGGAUAGCCGAGUGUACACCUUGGCUACAGACACGCUCAUCAGGUCCCUCAUGACAGAGUAUAAAAAACGUAAACAGCAUCAUGCAAUGCCAGCAUUUGUCAAACUAACCAAACAAAAGAAGGGCAGUGCUCCUCAGCAAAAGAGGGAAGUCAUUGAUGACGUGAUUGAGAAACAGCAAAAAACUUCUUUAAUGAAGGACAGUGAAGCACGGGCACAGUCACUGACGGAGUUACUGUGUACCAUCCUCGGUUUGUUCCAACAGUUGUCUGACCAAAAGUUUGAAGCUCUUCUCCCAUCAAUCUACAACUGUGCCAACCAGCUGGUGUGUCAUGCCCAGGAUCCCCGCCUCAAGGAGGCACUUGGCCAGUGGACACACAGAAUUGGAGUCAUCCUCCAACUCAUGCCCUCCUCUCCGUAAUAACUGUUAGUGUUAUUUUAAUUGACCAGUGGUUCAGAUGUAAAAGUCACCCUUCAUCUCCAUAGUAAUGUGUGAUUGUUAUUAAAAUAUGAUCAGUGGUACACAAGUAAGAGGCAUCCCUCAUCUCCAUGGUAACUGUGAUUGUAACUUAUGUAAGCUUAGCCAGUGGUUCGCAGAAAAGAGGUCAUCCCUCUUUGUCAUAGGAAUUGUGGCUGUAAGUUUUGCCAAUGGUUCAAUAGAUUAGGGUCACCCAAGCAAUUUGUUAUUUUUCACAUGAUCAUUGGUUAUUCAGAAUAGAGGUCAUACGUAUACAUGGCCACAUAUCCAUAGCAACCAGUUCACUUGAUUUUUCUUGUGAGUAUACAUGAAGGGCACUGCUUCCAUCAAGGAUCAGGUGGUGUGUGGUUUAGCAGUUGAUACAUGUACUCCUUUCAAUGUUUUAGGUUACAGCUUGUCAAACAAGUGAGAACAGACAAACAGUGAUAGAGUUGUGAGGAAAUUCCUUUCAGGUGUAAUAAAUUAAUAAAUUAAUGGUAAAGAUUUAUUGAGUGGAUAACCUACCAUAUCAGGGAAUCUCCUUCAAUGAGUAAACUAGUAAUAAAAAUGUAUAGAGAAAAUUAAUUUAUAGAGUGGGUAUGGAUCUUCUUAGGUGUAGUAAGCAAGUGGUAGAGAUUUAUGUAUGAUCUGUCUGGGAAUCGCCUGUUGUAGUAAAUUAGGUUAAGAUUAGUGCAUUGGGGUAUUAGAACUAGUGAUACAGGAUCAUAUACACUCAUGUUCAUGUAUUGCUUAUACAAAAAUGUAGGCUGGCAUAAUCAGUUUCAAAGUAAAAGAUUGUAAAGGAGUAAUGUAUUAUGAUUCCGAGUAUCUUGUUGCCUUGUUAAAUUUAAUUGACAGUCCUAGGGCGGUAUCCUUACUCUCUGAUACCUUGUUUGUUACUGGCAAGUGGAUUUUGUUAUGUUUCAUGGCAGUACCUAUCUCUCUGAUUGCUGCUAAUUACCUGGCAAGUUUAUCCGUGGAUAUAGUGACAUGGACAAGCUCAGGUGAAAAGACACAAUCAUAAAUAUUCUUUUACCUAGAGAAGGUAGAUAUUGUAAACAGUGUAACUUCCCCUCUCAAUUAGAGGAUGAAUUUCAUUUUUUAUUG